AUGCCCCUUCCCAAGCAAUGGAAGGCAACCCCUGGCUGUGAAAAUGGCACACUAAAUUUGAUUUUAAAGGAUCGGUUUCUUGUUCAGAGUCGCAUUGGAAGGGGUUCCUUUGGUGAUGUGUACAGAGGAAGAGACCUGAACACAAACGCAAGUGUUGCUAUUAAGAUUGAGCGUAUGAAAAGUUCUGAUAUCUGUCAUUUGUAUCUAGAGAAGGACAUAUACAGAAGUUUAAAUAUAUCCCCUGUGACGGUUGGUAUUCCGAAUAUUUAUUACUAUGGAGUGCUAGAAAAUUAUGCGAUACUGGUAAUCGAUCUGCUAGGUCCUAGUUUGGAGGAAAUAUUUGAAUUAUGCAAUCAUGAGUUCAGCAUAAAGACUGUUUGCAUGCUGGGCGUCCAAAUCUUCCAGCGGCUGGAGUACAUCCACAAGGUCGGCCUCAUAUACCGCGACAUUAAACCAGAUAACUUUGUUAUGGGAUUGGGCCCGUGUUCGCAUAUCGUGUACGCCAUUGACAUGGGCCUUUCAAAGUCUUGGCGUACUCCUUCUGGAAAGCACAUACCUUUUGUCGACGGCAAGUCUCUUACAGGCACCGCGCGAUAUGUAAGCAUCCAUACACAUAAUGGCAUUGAGCAAUCUCGCCGUGAUGAUGUCGAGUCGGCCGCUUAUUUGAUCAUGUACUUUCUCCGCGGUGAAUUGCCUUGGCAGGGAGUGAAGUGUAGUGGCGAUCCGAAUUACAAGAAGAUAGGGGCUGCGAAGGUAUUGAACACUGGUGCAAAACUUGCAAAUGGCUACCCAAAGCAAUUUGCCGAACUCGUGAAUCGGGUGCGUAAGCUCGAGUUUGAGGAAGAACCACACUACAACUUGUACAUUUCACUUUUAUUAAGUGUAAUGAAGCAAAUUUCGGAGAAUUUCGAUUAUAAUUAUUCGUGGAGUAGAAUGGCUUCUGUUGUAUAGCCCAGAGACUUAGAAAAAAAAAUCAAUGGGCACAACAUUGCAGAAGUUUAAGUCAAAAA